AUGAGGUCGUGCGCCUCUCUCCUAUCUCGGGUGUCCGUAUCUUCCCCCCGGCCGUUCACCCGGACUGUCGGUCGAGUUGUUCGGCCCCUCAUUAUCGGAGGUGCGGCGCAAACCCGGUACAGCUCACAUUCUCCCAUGGGCUCGCCUCCGGCUGUCCAUCGCAAGAAGGUCACUGUCGGAACCCUUCGCUCUAUGCACCGCAAAGGUGAUCCCAUUACUGUCAUGACAGCUCAUGACUUCCCCAGUGGCCAUGUUGCUGAUCACGCCGGCAUGGAUAUCAUUCUCGUUGGUGAUAGUCUCGCUAUGGUUGCGCUUGGUAUGGAAGAUACUAGUGAAAUCAUCUUGGAAGAGAUGCUUCUGCACUGUCGAUCAGUUGCGAGGGCGACCAAGUCGGCUUUUACUGUUGGAGAUCUACCCAUGGGCACUUAUGAGAUUGGUCCCGAUCAAGCUCUUGCUACAGCCAUCCGCUUCGUCAAAGAAGGUCGUGUCCAAGGUGUCAAGCUUGAAGGUGGUAAGGAGAUGGCCCCUACCAUCAAGAAGAUUACCACUGCUGGUAUCCCCGUUCUUGGUCACAUUGGCUUGACCCCUCAGCGACAAAAUGCCCUUGGUGGCUUCCGUGUCCAGGGGAAGACAAGUAGUGGUGCUAUGAGUAUCCUCGAAGAUGCCUUGGCACUUCAGGAAGCUGGCUGUUUCGCCAUGGUUGUCGAAGCUGUUCCUGCCGAGGUGGCCGCACUCAUCACUGAGAAGCUGACCGUUCCCACGAUUGGUAUUGGCGCUGGUAACGGAACCUCCGGCCAAGUCCUGGUUCAAGUUGACAUGACUGGAAACUUCCCUCCUGGCAGGUUCUUGCCCAAAUUUGUGAAGAAGUAUGGCGAUGUAUGGGGCGAGAGCUUGAGAGCCAUCGAGGCGUAUCGGGUCGAUGUCAAGUCCCGUCAAUAUCCAGGCCCUGAGCACACGUACCCAAUUUCGACAGAGGAGCUUGAGAGCUUUACCAAUGCAGUGAAGGAUUCGUAA